GUUUUUAUCCGUUGGUUUUUGUGGCUAGUGCUCCUAGCUAGCGUCGUGCCGAUAUUUUUUGCAGCGGCAGCGACCUAUUUGCUUGCCUGUCGAGCACAUAGGUCCUUGUUUAUUUAAGCUGUGCAUAAAUAAUUCGGCCACGAGCGUUGGGCCCCACCUAAUCCCAUCUGACACCGCGCUGCGCUGCAGCGCCACGUGCGUUGUGUUCGGCGCUCUGCGCGACGUACCCGCGGCGACUCGGGCCCGGCUUUAGAGCCUGCAGCAUGGCGCUGCGACUGCUGGCUCUCACUGGGCUCACUGCUGCCGCCGCGGCAGUCACGCCACAGCGGCGCAAAAACGUGUUAUUCGUCAUCUCGGACGACCUGCGGCCGGAAUUGCCAUGCUACGGCUGCGAUCACGUCUUGGCGCCGCGGACGACGGCGCUCGCGAAGGAGUCGAUCACGUUUACGAGGGCGUACGCGCAGCAAGCGCUAUGCGCGCCUAGCCGCAAUUCGUUCCUGUCGGGCCGCCGACCCGCGCACACGAAGAGCUGGCAAUUCGUCGACGACUUCAGAGAAGUCGGGCCCGACUGGACCACGCUGCCGGGAGCCUUCCGGAAAGCCGGCUAUCAAGCUGUCGGUUGUGGGAAAAUAUUUCAUCCAGGACUCCCGCCGAACCAAGACCUGCCAUAUUCGUGGGACCGGCGCACGAAUCUGUGUAGAAAUCAAUUCCCAGGCACCGCCGCAUUGCGUCUGCUCUCGAUGACGUCUCAACUCACUGUUUGAUUUCACAGGAAUGAACACGACCUGGGCGGACUGGAACAACCCAAACGAACCUAGAUGUCCACAGAACACUUCGUGGUGCAGCGUCGAAGACACCGAGCGCUUCCAGGACACGCAGAUAGCCUCGACAGCGCUGGAGCUGCUUACCAACGUAACGCGGGACGAGAGGCCGUUCUUCCUCGCGGUGGGCUUCCGCAAGCCUCAUGUCCAAUGGCGCGCGCCGACGCGCGCGUUUGAUGCCUAUCCGCCGUGGAAUGUGAGUCUCGCCUCGCGUCCCAAGGGGCCACAACACUCCGUCGACGUCGCGUUUCACGUGCCGGUGCACGAAAUAGACGUCUUCACUGACUGGCGCGCCUGCGGCGGCUCCCAGGCGCUGACCCCGGCGCACAACUACCCGUCGGAGUGCCAGCAGGCCUGGCGCCGCGGCUACUACGCUGCUGUCACCUUCGUGGACGAACAGUUAGGGGUGGUGCUCGACGGCCUGACGGCGAGGAACCGCGAGCGCGACACGGUCGUCGUCUUCUUCGGCGACCACGGCUGGCACCUCGGCGACCAGGGCGAGUGGAUGAAGAUGACCAAUUACGAGAACGCCGUACGAGUGCCCCUGUUGGUUCGCGUGCCCUGGGCGCCGGAGAGCGCCGGGCGCGUCGUGAGCGCGCCCGUCGAGCUCGUAGAUCUCUUCCCGACCCUUGCGGGAUUGGCCGGCGUGGACGUUAGCUACACGUCUCGCGAGUCGCAGCCGCUCGACGGGCGGGAUCUGAGCCCCCUCUUCUUCGGCGGUGCCGGGGACGACACGCACGUGGCGCGCUCGGUCUACCCCCGCUGCGUGGCCAACGCGUCGGCCGCGUGGAAGCACAACGACUGCAACGACACGCCGCGGCGGCGCUUCAGCCAUAUGGGUUACUCGACGCGCGACGAGCGCUGGCGGUUCACGGCGUGGUACGAGUGGUCCCACUUGCGCUUGGCACCGAAAGGGUCGCCUGUUGCCGUCGAGCUCUACGACCACGCGGGUGAUACUGGCACGUGCGAUGGCGCCGGCGGCAGCGCGCUCGAGGACUACGAGUGGGCGAACGUCGCCGGCGACCACGCGUCCGUCGUCGAGGCGCAGCUCGCGCGGCUCGAGCGCCUCUUCGGCAUCGAUGCCCCUAUUGUUGAUCUGUAUUAAUUCUGUAGAUAGACUA